GUCAACCAAAUCUUUUUGACCAAAGAGGACUAAAUUGAACUGUUCAAAAAACUUUGCAGGCCUCAUCUAUAAUUCCUCCAUUUUGUUGCUUACACUGCAAUUAACAUUUAACAAAGAAAGCAAAGAAGCGUUUUUUCUGUUCCUCUCUAUCCUUCCUCUCUGUUAAAAAGGUCAAACCCAACCACCGCAAAAAAAAAAAAAAAAGAAUUUUCAUCUCCGGUGACCGUUUAACCUUGAAACGCCGCCGUUCUGUUUUUCUCCUCUUAUGCUAUUGCCGAUCGUUUUUUCUUUCCCGGUAACGCCCCGGUGGCCGGCAAAAGAAAUUAAUUUUGGAUUAUCUCUUGACUAUGAGGAGCAACGGCAGCAUCGGAAACAACAAAGGCGCCAACAUUAGUAAUAAUAAUAAAAAUAAUAUUCAUAAUAAUAAUAGUGGUUUUUUGCCAAAUUCUUUGAAAUUCAUAUCUUCUUGCAUAAAAACUGCCUCUUCCGGUGUCCGAACAGUUAGUGCCUCCGUCGCUGCUUCUAUUUCUGGAGACGGCCACGAACACCAAAAGGACCAGGUGCUCUGGGCUUCCUUCGACAGACUGGAUCUUGGUUCCUUAUCUUUUAAACGUGUUCUCUUACUUGGAUACUCCAAUGGCUUUCAAGUUCUUGACGUCGAAGAUGCCUCUAAUUUCAGUGAACUUGUUUCAAGGCGUGAUGAUCCAGUUACAUUUUUACAAAUGCAGCCACUCCCUGAAAUGUCUGAGGGUCAUGAAGGAUUUAGAGCAUCGCAUCCUUUACUUCUGGUGGUUGCCUGUGACGAGUCGAAGGGCUCAGGUUUGAUGCUUACUGGAAAAGAUGGAUUGGCUAGAGAUGGUUUUGAUGAACCUCAAAAUGGAAAUGUUCCUAUCUCUCCUACUGCUGUUCGAUUCUAUUCACUAAGGUCUCACAAUUACGUUCAUGUACUGAGAUUCCGGUCAACUGUAUAUAUGGUUAGGUGCAGUCCUCGAAUAGUUGCUGUGGGGCUUGCAACACAAGUAUACUGCUUCGAUGCUCUCACUCUUGAAAAUAAAUUUAGUGUCCUCACCUAUCCUGUCCCCCAAGCAGGAGGCCAAGGAAUGGUUGGCAUUAAUAUUGGAUAUGGUCCCAUGGCAGUGGGUCCCAGGUGGUUAGCUUAUGCUUCGAACAAUCCUUUGCAGUCAAAUACAGGUCGCCUGAGUCCACAGAACCUUACACCAUCUCCUGGUGUUAGUCCAUCAACUUCACCCAGCAGUGGGAGUCUUGUGGCUCGAUAUGCCAUGGAAUCUAGUAAGCAAUUAGCUGCUGGGUUAAUCAAUCUGGGUGACAUGGGCUACAAAACUUUGUCAAAAUACUAUCAAGAUCUUAUUCCCGAUGGUUCUGGUUCUCCCAUAUCUUCAAAUUCAGGCUGGAAAGUUGGUCGGGGUGUAUCACAUUCUGCAGAGACUGAUAUUGCUGGGACGGUUGUUGUCAAAGAUUUUGUUUCCAGAGCUGUUGUAUCACAGUUCAGGGCUCAUGCUAGUCCAAUUUCUGCUCUAAGAUUUGAUCCUAGUGGGACUCUUCUUGUUACAGCCUCAAUACAUGGGAACAAUAUAAAUAUUUUUCGGAUUAUGCCAUCCUCAACAAAGAAUGGAUCUGGCACUCAAAGCUAUGAUCGGAGCUCUUCACAUUUGCACCUUUACAAGCUCCAUCGUGGCAUGACAUCAGCUGUGAUACAAGAUAUUUGCUUUAGUGCUUACAGUCAGUGGAUUGCCAUUGUUUCAUCUCGGGGUACUUGCCAUAUUUUUGUUCUUUCCCCAUUCGGUGGUGAGAAUGUUCUCCAAAUUCGGAAUUCUCAUGUAGAUGGGCCUAUCUUAUCACCAGUUGUAUCUCUCCCUUGGUGGUCCACUCCAUCUUUUACGAUAAACUACCAAACAUUUUCUUUUCCAGCACCACCAACUGUUACCCUCUCUGUUGUUAGCAGAAUAAAAAAUGGAAACUCUGGAUGGCUUAAUACAGUUACCAAUGCUGCAUCUUCUGCUGCUGGAAAGGCCUCCUUCCCAUCUGGUGCUUUUUCUGCUGUUUUUCAUAACUCUUUACCUAAUGAUUUGCAGCGAGCUCAAGUAAACGCUAAUGUUUUAGAGCACCUAUUAGUUUACACUCCUUCUGGUCAUAUUGUUCAACAUAAGCUACUGCCUUCCUUUGGGGGAGAGGCAGGUGAAAGUGCUUCAAGAGUUGGACCAGGUUCUGCUUUUCAGGUGCAAGAAGAGGAGUUACGGGUGAAAGUUGAAGCUAUGCAAGCAUGGGAUGUAUGCCGAAGAACAAAUUGGCCUGAAAGAGAGGAAUGCCUUUCUGGAAUGACUCAUGGAAGAAAAGAAGCAUUAGAGAUGAUUAUGGAUGUUUCUGAUUCCGAAGAUAAUGAUGCUGGGCACAAGGACCUGUCAAAGCCCCAUGACCGGUCUCACUUGUAUCUUUCCAAUGCAGAAGUGCAGAUAAGCUCUGGAAGGAUACCAAUCUGGCAGAACUCUAAGGUAUCUUUCCAUACAAUGAGUCCUGUGGAGUUCAAUGACCAUAGUUUCACUGCAGAUCAGUAUGGUGGAGAAAUUGAAAUAGAACAGAUGCCUGUUCAUGAGAUUGAAAUUAGACAGAGGGAUUUAUUGCCUGUUUUUGAGCAUUUUCGCCGGAUUCAAUCUGAAUGGAAUGAUAGGGGCUUUGAUGCAGAAAGAUAUCCGAUGUCUUCUUCUCAUGAUGCCAAAGCAAGAUUCUCUGAAGUCACUGUUAUUUCUCAUUCCAAGUUGUUGUCACCUAGCUCCGUUGAAAACUCGGAUGGUGGAUCAUCAAGGAAUUCUUAUCCAUCCAGCAUUCAAUCUGGAAAGGAUAGUGGUGGAGUAAAAGGAGAGAGUUCUGUUUUUGCCUCACCUAUGCUUAACCAGAGCACUCUUAAGAAAGAUGUUGGUGCAGUUUCUUUUGAUCAAUCUAAAAUGGGCGUUUGUCACAUUGAAGAUAGUAAUUCUACUAAUAGUAUGUCAUCAUUAACAAGUGGCUAUCUAUCUGGUGGAAGAACUGUUGCAAAGGAGGUUCAAUUUCCAAACAGUGGCGGAACCAGUGAUGUUUCAAACACAAGUUCUAACCGAUCUGAUUUGAGUCUGAACAUGAUAGAUGAAGGGCCUGUAAAUGACUCGCCAGAUUUUGAGCAAUUUUUUCAAGAAGAGUACUGUAAAGCAUUGCCCUUAAGUACAUGUUGUGAACCGACUGAGGUUGUUACUGAUGCUGACAGCAGCAGCAGUCCUUGUGAUAGAGAAAAAUCUGAGGAAGAAGGCGACAAUGAUGAUAUGCUCGGGGGUGUUUUUGCCUUCUCUGAGGAAGGUUGAGUUGGAUCCACUUGUGUUUCUUUCCAGAUGCGUGCGUUACAUUUAUAUUUGUCAAGUUCUGGUUCUUUGGUCAAACGUCGGCCUUGUGGGGGGAUUCACAUACUAAUUGAAAGUGUGGUUCGCUGAUUUAAAAAGCUACUGACUGAUUGAUUCAAGUACUAUGACUGGCUUAUUGUGCCGCCAGGGUAAUCUCUGGUUUCGUCCCUACUUGUGUACAUGUUGUAAAUUGAUACUGAUAAAUACAAAUGAUUUGUGAGGACAUGUUCUUUCUGUUCUGUGUAACAUUAUUCAUUCUUCAAAGAAAAAGAAAAAUUAAUAAAAAAAAAAAAAGAAAAUGAGUUACUCU